AUGCGUAAAGUCGGAAUCGAAAAAGCCCUCUACUACCGUAUUAAGGAAUUCGAUAGUUACUACAAGGGUUAUCCGAAGACCUUAGAAAUCUCCCUUGUGGAUACAAUUCUAAAGCUCGGGAAAGGCGAUUAUACGCGCCUGUGUGAUCUUGAAAAUCCUCAGGUUGUAGAGAGGUUGAAAGCUUCCCCUAGCGAAGAAGAAAGCUUCAAGGUAAAGGGGCUACUAGUCUUUUCCCCUGAUGUUAUAUACGCGCCUUUCAACAACCACUCGGUAUCAGAAUUUGGGGCAGACAAGUCCGCGUUCACCUUUCUCCUGCCCAAAGACGACAUCUCCUUGUUCGUCUGUUUAAUCGUCCUAGUACGCGAGGGAGACUUUCUUAGCAUCUUUGCUAGCAAUAUUCGCUUUUCGACGGACGUGAGCGUCACGCACGGUAUCCGCGGCCCUGUUGACAAUCUGUGGCUAGACUACUCACAGGUUACCGGUACGCUGAAUCAGAUGCUGGUGUCGGAACUUGGUGGACCAGCAAACGUCUGCCUCGCGUGGGAAGUAAUUUCUGAUGAUGUUGGGACAGAGACUCGCACCUCAUGGAGAGUUUCUGUGAAACCCACGAAGUCCAUCAUGCCGUUUGACCCUCUCGUUCGCGUGGCUGCUGAGCAAGAGUAA